AUGCUGAUAGAGUUUGAGAAACUGGAGGCUAGCCAGGAGAAGGACCAGCUUUCAGAGUGGGCGCCGUUUCAAAGCGAGGAGGAAUGGAAGGUCGCUGAGUGGUCGAUGAGCGCCGUGAACCAGGGGAAUGCAGAUCGAUUCCUGGAGAUGAAGAUGACGAGUAACUAG